AUGCAGACUCACCUUCUGGUGGGUCCCACCCCAUUCAAGUGCUGCCGUCGAUUCUCAUCCGCCAUCUCCGGCGAUAUCCUCCUUCGGUCGUUCAACCCGGUUAGCCGAGCCCUAAACCACCACCACCACCACCGUCGAAGGCACCGCGACGGCAGAUCUCGGUGUCACCGCAAUCGCUGGAAAGCGACGGCUUCGUCUUCGUCUUCGUCUUCGUCUUCGUCUUCGUCGUACCCAGCUUCCAAUACCGGCGGGAAGAACCACUACGUUGUUUUGGGCGUCGCUCGCAACGCCACACAAGUUGAUAUCAAGAGAGCUUAUCGCCUGCUCGCUCGAAAGUUUCAUCCUGAUGUGAAUAAGGACUCUAAAGCCGGAGAGCUAUUCAAGAGCAUUCGUUCUUCCUACGAAGUACUAUCUAACGAAGCUACAAGGACUCAGUACGACCGAGCGCUUAAACAUCAAGAAAACCCCAGCUUCUCUAGAGCGAAAAGGCACUACAACAACACCCCUGACCCUGAGGUUGAAGAUGCCAUGAAGUAUUACCACAGCUGGUCUGAGAAAAGAAGACGCGGAUCCAGACACGAGAGAUUCUACGGACACUACUACUCUACAUAUCCAAACUCACAUUUCUACAGUGACGCCGACGGUGAGCCACAAGAGCAAGAAGAAGGAACGAUGCAAGAACAGAGAGACUCCAUUGUCAAAGUCCUCACAUCCUUCUUCUUAUCGGUGUUUCUUCUGUACACACUCGGGUGCCUUGCGUCUCUCACGUUUAGCACCUUCACGGCUUUGCUCGACAAGGAACUCGACAAGGGUUACAAAGCCGGGUUCAUGGUUGCUUGGAUACUUGGCGGGAGAGGCGGCAUCUUGCUCACUCUCUGCCUAACCUUUGCAAGCUGGCUCUGUGGGAAAGCAAGCAGCAGCGUGGUGGUUCUUGUGGUAGUCGCCAUGUGGGUCGGCUCCAAUUUAGCUCGCCAUGCUCCUCUUCCACAAGGAGCUCUUCUCACCCUCCUCUACAUGUCGAUCAAGCUUCAAGUCGAAUCAAGGUGA